CUAUAGAAAUGGCAAAAAAUUGAUCUAUCUAGCUUGACAGUUACAGGCUAUCGCUGCAUCCAAACAACGUGCAAGAGAGCUCUUUCGGGUGAGGGUAAUUGCAUACUUGCGGAACAGAUCAACUUCUGAGCUUGAGCUCUCUCUUCCUCUCUCUCUCUCUCUCUCUCCACCAUCUUCGAAGGCAAAUCCAGUAUUCGGGUUGAAACUAUCGAAAUAACAGACAAGAUCGAUGUUGUAUGCAGUUUCUGCCCCAAAAACUUGCAUAUCCUACCAAAGAAGCCCUCUUUUUUGUCGAAGGUACCCAGCUCCGACAAGGCUUCGUGUAUCGGCUUUAUUGUCAGAUCCCAAUGGGGUUAAAGUGGAGUACACUCCAUGGCUAAUUGUUGGACUGGGAAACCCUGGGAGCAAGUAUCAUGAAACUCGGCACAAUGUUGGUUUUGAAAUGAUUGAUUGCAUUUCUCAAGUGGAAGGAGUUCAGUUGAACACAAUACAAUCAAAGGCCUUAGUUGGAAUAGGUUCUAUAGGAGAGGUACCGAUUCUGUUGGCAAAACCUCAAGCCUACAUGAAUUUUAGUGGAGAGUCGGUUGGACCACUUGCUGCAUAUUAUCAGGUGCCCUUGCGUCAUAUCCUAUUGGUUUAUGAUGAGAUGAGCCUGCCGAAUGGCAUUUUGAGGCUACAGCCAAAAGGAGGGCAUGGCUAUCACAACGGAGUGAAGAGUGUGAUGGACCAUUUGGAUGGUUGUCGUGAAUUUCCACGGUUGUGCAUAGGGAUUGGAAAUCCACCUGGGUCUAUGGACAUGAAAGCCUAUCUUCUCCAAAAGUUCAGUUUGUUAGAGCAGAAACAGGUGGAUGCAGCACUGCAACAAGGGGUUGAUGCAGUGAGGAAUCUGGUACUCAAUGGAUUCAACAACAGUACUACUAGAUUUAAUCUGGAGCAGAAGUACAAGUAUCACAAGGUUUGAGUAUAAUUGCAAGGGUUACAGAAAGCAAAUAUGGAAAGCCAUUUAUCUGUUAUAUGUUCUGUCCUCUGGGUGGGAAUGUUCAUGUAUGUCUGAAUUUGAAGACUGUUAUCUUUUCCUAGUAUUAUAGUAUUGUGUUAUAUAUUAUGAGUUGAAUCAAGUUGAAAACUAUGUAAUUUGAAAUGUGGUAUAAAUAGAUAGCAAGUAUAUGGCAUUAUUGGCCUAAAA